AGUAGCAUGUGGCAGUUCUGAUAUAAAUACGACCUAGACUGACUUAUGUCAUUAUAUGAAAGUGUACUUAGUGGAUGGACGUUUCUUCAAAAUGUGGAAUUAUUUACUAGUGAUUGCAGUGGCAUUAGGGAGCGACGCAGCAAGGAUCCUGGGCUUCUUUCCAACGCCUUCCAUCAGCCAUCAAGUGGCUUUCAAACCUCUAACUCAUGAGCUAGCGAGACGAGGACACGAAGUAGUCGUAGUGACCACAGAUCCUGUAUACCCGAAGGGACAAACACCACCAAACCUAACCGAAAUAGAUGUUCAUGAUAUCUCCUAUGAAACUUGGAGGAAACAUUUUCUAUCAACUACAACAGGGAAAACUGACGAUACCUACAAUCAAAUAUCCACUAUUAUCCAUUUGUUUCGUAUUAUAUUCGAACAGCAAGUUCUUAAUGAUGAAGUGAAAGAUCUCAUCAGGAAUAAAAAUGGCACAUUCGAUUUAUUGUUGCUUGAACAAUGCGUUCGGCCCGCUUGGUCGUUGUCUCAUGUUUUCAAAACGCCUACGAUUCUCGUGAGUUCUUUUGGUGAAGUGUAUGACGUUCUUGGUGCAGCAGGGGGUCCUAAUCAUCCAUUAAUAUAUCCGACUGUGCUUCGACAAAAACUAUACCAGUUAACCUUAUGGGAGAAGAUUAGUGAACUUUACAGUCAUUAUUACUUUGAGAAGAUUUUUGAUGAAGCAGCUAUGAAGGACAAUGAACUUACCAAGAGACUGUUCGGUCCCGAUACACCUACGUUGACAGAAUUAUUGAAGAAUAUGGAAAUGGUGUUUCUGAACGUGCAUCCAAUUUGGGAGGGGAAUCGUCCGGUGCCGCCGAAUGUAGUGUUCAUGGGCGGCAUACAUCAGAAGCCUGAGAAACCGCUGCCUCAGGAACUGAAAACCUAUUUAGAUUCGUCCAAAAACGGCGUUAUCUAUAUAAGCUUCGGCACCAAUGUGAUGCCAUCGAUGCUGCCUCCAGAGAGAAUCCAGAUCCUGGUGAAAGUGUUCUCCAAGCUGCCCUACGAUGUCCUGUGGAAGUAUGAUAAGGAUGAACUGCCUGGAAGGUCAAAGAACAUUAGAUUGGAGAAGUGGUUGCCGCAGUCUGAUUUACUCAGACAUCCAAAAGUGAAGAUGUUCAUUACACAAGGAGGUCUGCAGUCAACAGAUGAAGCCAUCACAGCCGGAGUGCCACUCAUAGGAGUGCCCAUGCUCGGAGAUCAGUGGUACAACGUGGACCACUACGUCCACCACAAAAUUGGACUCAGGCUCGACAUGGAAACCCUCACCGAAGAGACGUUUAUGGAUGCUGUCAAAACUAUAUUGAAUGAUGACAGCUACCGCAAGAACAUCAUUCGCCUCCGAGAGAUAAUGCACGACCAGCCCCAAAAACCCUUGGAGCGCGCAGUGUGGUGGGCAGAACACGUCAUCCGUCACAAAGGAGCGAAGCACCUUAAAUCGUCAGCAGCAAAUCUUACUUGGGCGGAGUACUACGAAAUCGAGUUAAUAUCUAUCUUACUAGUAGCUUUAUUGUCCAUAGUAUUAGUAAUUAGUUCAAUUAUAUAUUUCAUAUGGAAAUAUGUUUCUAAGAAUUUCAUAACUACUGUUAAGUUUAAGAAAUUGUAAAUUUAGUUAGAGGCUUAAAUAUUUUUAGUAAGUAAACAUAUAAGUGUGUCGUUAUGCGAAUUUGAUGCAACAGAUAAUACAUUAGCUAAAGAAUAUGAAGCUGGACUUCAAAAUACGAAUUUAAAUAAUGAAAUCUUAAUUUUUUAUACUUUUUGGACUAUUUAAUAAAUUAUUCCUUUAUUCGAUUUCUUUUUCAAACCAACCAAAAUUUCUGAAAUUAAGUUAAUGCAGAAUUGUUAGCAUUAAACAAAUAAAAUUAAUAAAUCGAUUGAACAAACAAGAAAUAGCGCGAGCCGUCACCUACUGUUUUCCAUGUGAGGGAUGUGGCAUCGAGAUCCUAAGGCAGGAAUCCGGCCAACAAGAAAGCCGCCUUAAAUGAGACCACGUGGUCCACUUUGAUCGCCCGUUAGACCACUAUUCUCUGUGGGUCUGCGCAUUACAGUGAUGCAGCGAUCGCUCAGGGGCCCAAACGGGCCUGGGACAGGACCAUGGACUGCACGACCUUGAUAUAAUCUUUAACAAGGAAUACCAAAACCUUUCAAGUUGGGCAACAUGGUAGAAACAGCGUCACGGGACAGUGUUGUCCCCACCUUUUUAAAGUGGGUGCGGUAUUUUCAUCGAGUAUUUAGAACUAGACAUAAAUACUUGAUGCGUUUAUGCCGUCUUGCCAUAUUGUUUAACUAAAUGAGUUUAAUGAAAGAAUAAUAAUAAUUUAUUUUAACUCAAUAUGACUUUUUUGUUAAACUGUGGUGUUGUUACAUUUGUUUUAAAAAAUAAAGGAAAAUAAAACUUCUUGGUUUCAUU